GGCAAAAGGUUUCAGCCGCCUCCCAACUCCCUCCCUGUCCUUGUUCAAAAGAGAAACUUGCAUGCUUGAACUGUUCCCCCGCAGAGACCGGGAGAGGGCUGCCGCGGGAGGGGAGAGGGCUGGGGUGCUGAAGAGGACCCCAGAGUACGCUCCAGCUCUCCCGAGGCGGGCUGAGGAGAGGCGAUCGAUCGCUGGAACUGCCGCAGGGGACAAGGUUGCUGGCGUCACAGGCGGGCUUUUGGGACACCCUGAAAGUGACUCCAGCUGGCGGAAGAAACCUAAGGCCACCUCGGGCGAUCCGCUUGCGAAGAAGCUGGGCAGGAGAAAACUUUAUAGAAAGAUAGGGGCUAAACUUGGUGGGGACAGCAAGGGACACAGUGAGGGACGCGCAGGGAGGAGGAGUGGUUGGAGCCGUGGGAGGGCGCAGGGCGCUGGCUGGCUGGGGAGGGGGCCGGGCGCAGGGCGGAGUCCCAGCGCACCGCCAGGCCAGUGAGGGGCUCCGCGGGCUGCUCAGUGCUUCCCGGCUCCCGGAGCCGCGCCAGAACCUGCCAGGAGGCGCCAUGGAGGGGAGCCCCAUCCCGGUGCUGACCGUGCCUACCGCGCCCUACGAGGACCAGCGGCCGACCGGCGGCGGGGGGCUGCGGCGACCCACCGGUCUCUUCGAAGGCCAGCGCAACUAUUUGCCCAACUUCAUCCAGAGUGUGCUAUCGUCCAUCGAUCUGCGCGACCGCCAGGGCUGCACCAUGGUGGUGGGCAGCGAUGGCAGGUACUUCAGCAGGGCAGCCACAGAGAUCGUGGUGCAGAUGGCCGCAGCCAACGGGAUUGGUCGGUUGAUUAUUGGACAGAAUGGCAUCUUGUCGACCCCUGCAGUUUCCUGCAUUAUCAGGAAGAUAAAGGCAGCUGGUGGAAUCAUCCUAACAGCCAGCCACUGCCCUGGAGGCCCUGGGGGAGAGUUUGGAGUGAAGUUUAAUGUUGCCAAUGGAGGUCCUGCACCAGAUGUUGUCUCAGACAAAAUCUAUCAGAUCAGCAAGACAAUUGAGGAGUAUGCCAUAUGUCCUGAUCUUCGAAUUGACCUAUCCCGCCUAGGAAGACAAGAAUUUGACCUCGAGAACAAAUUCAAACCAUUUAGAGUGGAGAUCGUGGAUCCUGUGGACAUCUAUCUCAACCUCCUUCGAACCAUCUUUGACUUUAAUGCCAUCAAGAGUCUACUGACUGGGCCCAGCCAACUGAAGAUCCGUGUUGAUGCAAUGCAUGGAGUUAUGGGACCGUACGUGAGAAAAGUUUUGUGUGACGAGCUAGGGGCCCCAGCCAAUUCUGCAAUAAACUGUGUUCCCCUGGAAGACUUUGGAGGGCAGCAUCCUGACCCAAACCUGACCUAUGCAACAACACUUUUGGAAGCCAUGAAAGGAGGAGAAUAUGGAUUUGGAGCUGCAUUUGAUGCUGACGGGGACCGUUACAUGAUCCUAGGCCAGAAUGGCUUCUUUGUGAGUCCUUCUGACUCUCUGGCUGUCAUCGCCGCCAACCUCUCUUGCAUUCCAUAUUUCCGCCAGAUUGGGGUCCGAGGGUUUGGGAGGAGUAUGCCAACAAGCACUGCCCUGGACAGAGUGGCCAAAUCAAUGAAGGUCCCUGUAUAUGAGACUCCAGCUGGAUGGAGAUUCUUCUCUAAUCUGAUGGACUCAGGACGGUGCUCUCUGUGUGGAGAAGAGAGUUUUGGCACUGGUUCUGAUCACCUCCGAGAGAAAGAUGGCCUCUGGGCAGUCUUGGUUUGGCUGUCCAUUAUUGCUGCCCGGAAGCAAGGUGUGGAGGAAAUCGUCCGGGAUCACUGGGCCAAAUAUGGCCGCCACUACUUUUGCAGGUUUGACUAUGAGGGGCUGGAGCCCAAGACUACGUAUUAUAUCAUGAGGGAUCUGGAGGCCCUGGUCACAGACAAAUCCUUCAUUGGCCAGCAGUUUGCUGUGGGGAGCCAAGUCUACAGUGUGGCGAAGACAGAUAGCUUUGAAUAUGUGGACCCCGUGGAUGGCACUGUGACCAAGAAACAGGGCCUGAGGAUCAUUUUCUCGGACGCAUCACGGCUCGUCUUUCGGCUCAGUUCCUCCAGUGGUGUGCGGGCCACCAUCAGACUGUACGCAGAGAGUUACGAGAGGGAUCCCAGCGGUCAUGACCAGGAGCCACAGGCAGUGCUGAGUCCGCUCAUAGCCAUUGCGCUGAAAAUAUCCCAGAUUCACGAGAGAACCGGCCGGAGGGGACCCACUGUCAUCACCUGAAAGGGCAAGGACCACUCACCAGGGCCAAAGAGAGCGCUCGGCGGGAGCGGCGUCACCCAUGCCUUCUUGCUACCUGUUUGUGCCUCUUAUGACUUUGGAAAAAAACAAGAGAUUUUGCUGUUGCGGGGGGGAGGGGGUGGGGUGGGGUGGGGGAAGGGUAAAUCUCAGUUUGCUUUGGUUUUAUCCAGUUCCUCCAAGUGUGACAGGGUCUUGUCUUCAGUUGUUUGUUAAAGCUGCGCUGUCCUUUGCUAUCUGUGCUUUCUCACACCAAGAAACCUCCCUUUUGAGAAAGAGUAAGUGGCCUAGGGAACUGUUCACCACAGCCUCUGGGCACCUUUGGUGCCGCACGAGGAUAAAGCUCUAGAACAGGAGAGAGCAGUGCUAGAAUGCGGCUGAUCCUGGGCGGCAGGUGUCCCUGGACCCUGGGCGGGCGGAGCGCACUGCCCCGCGUGGAGCAGGACGUAGCUUCUCCUCAGUCAGCCCUGCAAGCGGAGAGGUUUCCCAACUCCUCACAGUCAGCCCACCUCACUCCUGCCAGCCCACCCAGCCCAUGCCACCUUCCUUCACGUCUUCCAGAGUUUUCUGCGAAUCACGAUGACACAUUUCCAACAAAGCAUAUCAAAGGGGAAUUUUUUCCUCUCCUGUUUUGUAAAUGUUGUUUUAGCUCUUUUGAUGGCUCCAUUCCUUUAAAUUUCAGCAGUUUGUUGCACAGGUGGGAAAGAGUUUCUUGAUAAGACUCAACAAAUAAAUGCUUACAACUUGGAGGCCCUCCCAGGAUUGCCUCCCAUGGGCGGAUAGACGGAUCUAUACAAAUUUCUCCUGAGAAGACAGAAGUAUACCCAUGUGCACUCUCUGAUUUUCCCAGGAGGGCCUGUUUUAGCCCACUUGUUUGAACACAAGUCUCAUCUUACUUAUAGCACCUGUGAUUGCAGAAUGAGGGGAAACAAGGUGGCUGCUGGGAGGAAACAUUACUGGUGGUACAGUUGUGGUUCUGAAGAGAUGGCGAGGAGGGAAGCCGAGGGCCACAGCCAGCUUCCCUGUGCCCAGGAAAAGGAUAGCGCGGCACCAACAGCCUUGCCUCGCCUCAGGCAGAACAGCCCCAACCUGGACCCUGUUUGCGUGUGUUUUGCUUCCUUGGGAACGACACAUUCAACUUAUGUCAUUGGCAGAGAUGACCUGGUGCACUUGGACUGUUGAGCAAUGCAUUGUUGCUGUAGGCAAAGGUAGUACAAGCAAGGAAACAUUCCCAGUAAGGCAUUUGUUUCCAUUUUCUAUCUGUGCUUCUGUCAGAAACUUGCUAGGACAUUUAGUAGUCAAUAAAAACCGAAUUCCUCAUUUCAGCCUUA